UUUUGCUGGUGCCUACAGCCAGGAUUAAGGGGCAACGGGCACACGGAGGAACAGAGGAAAUUCCAUGCGAACACGAGGGAAUGUUUCUUGACUGUGUGGCUAUCAGAGCAGUGAACCAGGCUGGACGCUUUCCUGGGUAGCCCACCACAGGGAACCUGCUUUAACAGGCAACCUAAGGCUUGGAAGACAGUUUCCCUGCUGCUGUUCACCGUGACUGUGAUGUCCUUCGGUGUUUACUGCGUUGGAAGUCUUGCUGGAGGCUCAAGGGCAGUGGAAAAAAAGACUUCACGGCUGGUGGGUGAUGAUCUGGAAAUGCUGAGGGUGGAACAAGAGCUCGAGAAGAUCCAGCAGCAGCUUCGUUUCCUGCAAUGGGGAGCAAAGGACAUCACCCUGCGUGCUCUCCACGAGGCCCUGAAGAGAACUGAGCUCCCAGGCUUUACCAGCGAGGCUGUUCAAGAGAUGAUCAAUCAAGUCCUGGAGAAGCUGGAAGAAAGCCCAUUCCAGAUGCGUAAUUAUGCCAGCAAAACUUCAGGCGCCGCUAUCGUUCGUUCCAAGACUUCUCCCUCCUGGAUUGGAAGCGGGAAAGCCUUCUGGCACUCGUUGCUGCUGACACCAUAUAUGAGGCCUCCUGAGAUUAUUCUUGAGCCUGACAAUCAGCCAGGUAACUGCUGGCCCUUCCCAGGAAGCCAAGGGCACGUCCUCAUCAAGUUGCCCAGGGCCAUCUUUCCCACGGCAGUUACGUUAAACCAUGGAGUUCCAGCAAUGGCCUACCAUGCAGACAGCACCUCCAGUGCUCCUAAGGACUUUGCUGUCUAUGGCCUGCAGGAAGAAGGUGACAAGGAAGGAACUUUGCUAGGAGAGUUCACCUUCACGCCAGGCCAGGAUCCCAGUCAGACCUUCCAGCUGCAGAACAAGCACUCCGGGUUCAUCAAUUACAUCAAGCUGCGAGUGCUGAGCAACUGGGGCCACCCGGACUACACGUGUGUGUAUCAGUUCAGGCUCCACGGCAAUCCAGCCCCUGACGGUGAAGCUAAGGGAAAGCCACUUGGUUCACCUUUCGUGGAGGAGUCUCCAGAUCUGAGCCCGUGACAGGGGCACAAACCCAGGGGACAAAAAGAGAGUGGCAACAAAAAUUACCCUACCUUCUAACAGCGCGGCACAUCCGGCCUCAGCUCUGUGACUAACAAGGCAAGGCAUGAUGUGGGCCGUGCGCUCCAGGAGAGGGGGAAGGGAGACAACACGUGUGUCUGACAACAAAGAAAA